GUACCAAAUCCCAUGAUAAUCCGACGGCACCAAAUAUGUUAAAGCCACUGUCUCCUACUAGAUCAGAUGCAACAAUUACCAAUCACGGAACACCAUCAACCGCAAGUUUUGAAACAAUCGAACACCCAUUAAAUGAAGAUGUUUAUAAUCUUCAAGAGUCGAUUCUUGACCUUACAACGCCUUCCACAUUAUCUAUGUCUAGAACACAAACGGGUGUCAAUAUGUUAAAUGCUCAAGCACAUUCUUUAACUUCUCAUAACAAAUACGAAUGGGAAAAUGACGAGGAUGCAAGUGAAUGUCGUCGUUGCAAUAAAAAGUUUAGAUUAUGGACUAGAAGGCAUCAUUGCAGACGGUGUGGCCAAGUAGUAUGCGAUCAAUGUUCUACUGCACGAGUUGUUAUGUCACCUACACAAGUUGUUUCCGGUCCUUCAUCAAGUGAAAAUAUUGGUCAACAUUCUCAACCUUGCC